AUGGGAACCGGCGCUUUUUUAGAUGGAUUAGAAAAGGAAAACUUUUCAAGUAGAAUGCAUUUAGAUUUGAAUACCCAUCAUAACAUGGAUUCUCGAGAAGAUGGCAACACUAGUGAGGAAAGUAAAAGAAGUAGUCCGGUAGAACAAAUGUCACCAAAAGACAAAGAAAGGUCAGCUAAAAUGGAGACUACAGGUAACAUAUUCAAUGAAAAAAUUGAUUUGCACGAAAGGUUUGAGAAUACGGGCGAGUUCAACAAUGACUUGAAGCUGAUUCCUGAUUCUAGUCUAAAUUCAAAAGAGUACCAAUUUAAAAACUGGGAAAGUUUUUGGUGCAAUACAGAAGGUUACAAAACUAAACACAUGCAGCCCUUUCACUUUACAAACGGGUUAGAGGAAAUAAAGGAACCAAUAAUGGAGUUGAAUAUUUCUACUUCACCAUACAAGGGACAAAGGCCAAAUUCAGCUCCAACCGAGUAUUCGGCUGCCACAACAGCGUUCACCAAAACACAAUUAGAAGUGAGUUUUCUAAAAACUAACCUGCUCACGUACAUAAAAAAAGAGAUUGACAUUUGCUUAUCAAGUAUUCCGUUUUUCGAUGACGCAGUUCAAAUGCAAAAGAAAUUCUUGGAAUACAGGGAUAUUGACUUGGAUGAAGAAUAUGAACUCAAAAUUUUGGGGGAACUUUUAAAUGAUUUGAACUUCUUUCAUAUGCAGGAAAACUCUCUGCUAAAUAGAGAGCUAGCAGUUCGUAAAUUUUCCAACCAACCUGAAAAUCAGAAUCUCCCCCCCGUUAGAGAUUUCAGGAAUCCCCUCAUGCCAAUAAAUAACCGCUAUUCUCCCCCAUUAGUGUUGAAAAAAAACGGCAAGUCCUUCGAGGAAAACUACGAGUUCACGCCCAAUACAUCGAAUUUCUGGGGAGAGAAAGCGGAAUUACAAAAUUCCAUAAGCGGUGGAACACCUUAUUGCUUCCACACUGACAAUAUACAUCGAACAAAACCCUUUAUGUCAUUUGAAAACCAAAACGAACCCCUAUUCCAGAGAAAAAAUCCAGAUUACAAGCAGCAUUUUAACUCCGGAAGAAGUGUACAUAAUGCAGUGGAACCAAAAUCUUAUAGAGGUAUAGGAUUAAACGAGAGUUAUCAGAAGGGGUAUGCAGUAAUGACUAAGUCGUUUGGAAAUAUAGAUUUGAAUAGAAUGCCCAGAAGAGGUAAUGAAGAAAUGUAUAGCUGGUCACGUAAUUGA